AGGUAGCAGAUCAAGCAAGUAAUUUGGUCCGAGACCAUUCAGUGCUUUGUAGACCAGCAGUAAGAAACACAAGAAAAACAAUCUGCAUUUAAAAAAAAGAUGCUAAAUGAUCUUCACAUAAGUAAGGAAGCAUUUAUUAUUUAUUGCCUAAUUAUUUACAACCUAAGGAAGGAUGUGGAACUUGGACUCUUCCUACUGCGCAUGCUCAGUCCCGCUCAGCAGACGACCAAUCCCGUGAGCGCAACAGCACAGUUGCGUUUACAUGAAGUGGAUAUAAAUUACCUCUCUGAGGGCUGAGAGGACAUUCGACUCUGAUAGACUCGAUAAUCAAUCAUGCCUGAACCAGCACCGAAAGCAGCCAAGAAGGGCUCCAAGAAAGCCGUUUCUAAGGCCGUCACCAAGAGCGGCAAGAAGAGGAGGACCAAGAGGAAGGAGAGCUACGCCAUCUACGUGUACAAGGUGCUGAAGCAGGUCCACCCCGACACCGGCAUCUCCUCCAAGGCCAUGGGCAUCAUGAACUCGUUUGUCAGCGACAUCUUUGAGCGCAUCGCCGGCGAGGCCUCCCGUCUGGCUCACUACAACAAACGCUCCACCAUCACUUCCAGGGAGAUCCAGACCGCCGUCCGCCUGCUGCUGCCCGGGGAGCUGGCCAAGCACGCCGUGUCUGAGGGCACCAAGGCCGUCACCAAGUACACCAGCUCCAAGUAAACUCUUACUACUGCUGCUGCUCCAACAACACAACGGCUCUUUUAAGAGCCACCCACUUCAUCCAAGAGCUUU